AUGACAUCUUUUAUGCAAAAGAUUGAGAAGCUGUCCACCUCUAACCUCGCCCCCGAUCUCUCCUUCAUCGACCCCUCUGAUCAGGCCCUAAUCCAAGGCCUCAUCUCUUUGGGCUUCUACUACCGCGAGCUCGAUCGAUUUGCUUCGAAAUCCCGUGAUCUCAGCUCCGUUUACUCCUCUGGGAACGAUGAUGCUUCGCUGAAGGAGAAAGCCGGUGCUGGGAGUGUUUAUCGGAGGGCUAUCGCGAAUGGAAUUGUUGAGAUUUUAUCGGUUUAUAGGUCUGCGGUUUUGCAGGUGGAGCAGAACUUGCUUGCUGAUCCGAUGCCCAUUUUGGCUACUGUCACCAAAGGGCUUAACAAGUUUGAAGUGCUUUUGCCUCCUCUCUAUGAGCUCAUUGUGGAAAUAGAACGUGAAAACGUUAGAGGUGGACAGCUUCUCAAUCUUUUGCAUAAAAGAUGUCAUUGUGGUGUCCCGGAAUUGCAAGCAUGUAUCCAGAGGCUAUUAUGGCAUGGGCACCAAGUCUUGUACAACCAACUUGCUUCUUGGAUGGUUUACGGAAUUCUUCAAGAUCAACAUGGAGAAUUUUUCAUUAGAAGGCAAGAUAGAUAUGUAGAAAGUGAAUCAACUCAACCUGAUCCAGAUCACAAGCUGAAGCAGAAAUCAUUUGAAGAUGUGUCUCUAACUGAUUGGCAUUCAGGAUUCCAUAUUUUUCUGGAUAUGUUACCGGAAUAUAUUCGUAUGCCUGUUGCCGAGUCGGUUCUUUUUUCUGGCAAGGCAGUUAGGGUUCUUCGGAAUCCAAGUUCUAGUCUCAAACUACAACAAACAUUUGUUCACCACCCAGUUUUGAGAGGAUAUUCUAAGCUGCAAGGUUCUUUAGGAGGUGGUGCACCCCAAAAGGAGCUCUUUAAGGGCAUUGAUUUGUUUGAAGAACUACUUCCCCAAUCUGAGUCUGAUAAGAUUUAUGCAAUGCUUCGACAGCUAAAGGAAUCACCUGAGUUUCACAAAAGGUUUUUUGAAUCUGCUGUUAGUUCUAUCCGCAUUAUUGCAGCAAAUCAUCUCUGGCAGCUUGUUGUCAUACGUGCAGAUUUGAAUGGCCAUUUAAAGGCCCUUAAAGACUAUUUCCUUUUAGCAAAAGGGGAUUUCUUUCAGUGCUUUCUUGAGGAGAGCCGGCAAUUGAUGCGUCUACCACCUCGCCAAUCCACUGCUGAAGCAGAUCUCAUGGUCCCAUUUCAGCUUGCUUCAUUAAAGACUAUAGGUGAUGAAGACAAAUACUUUUCAAGAGUCUCACUUAGAAUGCCCUCAUUUGGUAUCAGUGUGGGUGCUGCUCAAGUGGGUUUAUCAAAGAUGAAGCUUAGCACUGAUGGUGUUCCCGGUGUUCCAUCACAAGGAUCUGCCUCAUCAGAACUUUCAGUCGAUGGUUGGGAUGGAAUGGCUCUUGAAUAUUCUGUUGAUUGGCCCUUGCAGCUGUUUUUCACUCAAGAGGUCCUAUCCAAGUACCGCAAAGUUUUUCAGUAUUUAAUAAGGCUUAAGCGUACACAGAUGGAAUUGGAGAAAUCAUGGGCUUCUGUUAUGCAUCAAGAACAUGUUGACUUUGCUAACUAUCGCAAAGAUAGGAAAAGCAGCUCCAUAUCUAUCCUACGGAGGCGGUAUAACCCGAUGUGGCGAGUUAGGGAACAUAUGAUUUUCUUGAUCAGAAAUCUGCAAUUUUAUAUCCAGGUUGAUGUCAUUGAGUCUCAAUGGAAUUCCUUGCAAGCUCGUGUUCAAGAUUCACACGAUUUCACUGAACUUGUUGGAUUUCACCAAGAUUAUUUGUCAGCUUUGAUUUCGCAAUCCUUCCUGGAUAUUGGCUCUGUAUCAAGAAUAUUAGACAGCAUAAUGAAACUUUGCCUGCAGUUUUGCUGGAACAUCGAACGCUAUGAAACCAAUCCAGACAUGUCUGAACUGGAGCACAUUACCGAGGAAUUUGGCAAGAAAUCAAAUUCUCUGUACACAAUUCUCCGGAGUAGCCGGCUCGCAGGAAGUCAGCGAGCACCAUUUCUGCGACAAUUCCUCAUGCGCUUGAAUUUUAAUUCCUUCUUCGAGGCUACGGCAAGAGGUGUGCUGAAUUUCGUCCGACCACGCCCUACGCCACCUAUUGUUCAGCAAUAAUGUCGAGUAUAUAAACGAUUCAACCGGCAUUCUUUAUCAUGUAUACUUCCUAUAUACAGGUUUUCGAUGUACCAGAGAAGUCGAUUGCCGAAGAGAUCCUCGAGUGUAUCUGAGCUUUUCUUUACAGUGUGUAAUUGUUUUCAGGAACAUUGUGGAGAUUUUAUAAUUAAUCAAAACUUUGUAUUGCUUCUGAA